GACAACAUGGCUUCCUUUAGUAUCAAAUCUUUUGACAAAAAACUCAAAGAAAUGUCUUCAAGACAGGACAGUGUGCAAACGGUAUCCCUGUGGCUGAUUCAUCACCGAGCACACUCCAAAUCUGUCGUCUAUUUAUGGCUUGAUCGCAUGAAAAAAGCUAAACCAGAUCGACGUUUAAUCCUGUUUUACCUGGCAAACGAUAUCAUUCAAAACAGUCGAAAAAAAGGAAAGGAAUACACACAGUCAUUCAGCAAAGUGUUGGGUGAUGCCAUGCAAUAUUUACGUGACACUUCGAUCAGACCCUCUGUUGAAAGAGUGCUGAAGAUUUGGCAGGAACGAAAGGUUUUUGAAAAAGAUGCUGUCCAAAAGCUGCUUAACCAGUUAAAUAAUGCUUCGGUUAAACCUAAACCCAAGCCAAAACCUGAACCAAGCGUUCCCAAGAAGGAGAUUGAAAAAGUUAAAGAUGAAGAGAAGAAAAAGAAAAAGCCAAAACGUCCUGUACCUGCAAAUUUUAAGACAAUAAACGUUACUCGAGCUAUGGCAACGAUGCAGGAAAUUGAAGAUGAGACGGAGAGACGGCAGACAUUGGUGGCGCAAAUGAGAUUGGAUGCCUCAAGUUCAGAAGGAAUCAAGCAACUGAAAGAUUACGCUGGAGGAAACAGAUUUUCAUUGGAAUUUGAAGAAUCAAGCACGAAAUACGAAGAACUUGCUGAGUCUCUUCAGCGAGAAGCUCAGCAUCGUGGAGUGCUGGUGGAUUUACUUGAAGAUGGCGAUGCUUACUAUCAAGCUGCUCUGAAAGAAGCCUCUCUUAUUGCAAAUGCGUAUCGUUCGUUUGGGAACAGGUUACAUUCCAUGAAGAAGAAAUUGGACAAUAAGAUCAGAAAAUUCGCGACCGCGGAGAAAGAGGCUCCCGUGUCGGCUCCGAAAGCCUCGUUCCUUGCCUCGGGGCUUUCCGGCAUCUUGGAACAGAUGAACCACAGCCCGGCUGCAACACCAAGCAGGGCCGAGCAAGAGGAUGUCACGAAAGAUGAGAAAGAAACGGGGAAUGAACUGAAGAAAAAAGAAGGGAAUAAAGAGAAUCUGGAUGAUGAUGGAAAGGCUGUUGAUCCGACCAUGGACCACGUGGAGGUCUCUGAUAUGGAUCUUGACUCCGAUGACGGAGCUGAUGACCCCGGGACAGCCCCACAGCUGUCAGACAGUAAUUCAAACACAAGUGCGAAAUCGACCCCACAGCCCGUGCCUACCCCCUCGCCCCUCGCGACAACCCCAUCACCAAAAGUCGUAGCAAAGGUACCUGCUUCAACCACUACCACAUCACAAUUUGGUUACACGAUGACUGUGAAUAGUGCAGGGGAAAACGAUGACGUGGAGUCCCCCGCCUCCCCCGAGUCGGUACCUUCCCCGGAUGGUUCACCCGAGUUGAACUUGGAGAUCUACGAGCGAUCGCCGGCAACGAACGCUCUGCCCGGCAACCAGCUUGGUGUGAUGAUGAACCAGAGUUUUAUUGGCAACGAACCCAAGCUUGAUCCAGGCGCCGCUGGUUCCCAUAACACCAUGAACCUUCUAGCACAACUUAUCAGCAAACAACGACGUAAUGAUGGAAGCUCGGUGGAGGGCACAGACAGCCCCGGACGGGGGUCGAACACACCGAAUACCCCCGCGCGAGAUGAAGUCGGCCACAGACCACUCGCAAAUUUGCUUGGAGAUUUGUUAGCUCCACUGGUUCACUCGCAGGACGAGGUCAGUCAAAUUGGAGGACAAGCGGAGAUGGUCCAGGAAGAGGCCGCCCACGUGGGAACUUUUGAUCAUUCUGUUGCUCCUGUAAGCACUUUGGCUGAGCCCGCUACAGCAGCGGUUGCCGUGGCAGCGUCGAAGAACGACUCUGGCCCGAGCACGGAUGAAGAAGGGGAGGCCGGCGACAAUACUCCUGAACAUGGCGUGGAUUACGCUCAAGCACCUCCGAUCAUUAUACGAUCAGAUUCAUCGUUUCAUCCGAGUUUUCCCGGGCAGGCUUUUCAAAAUCGCCCUCCAAUGGCAAGACCUGGCUUCCUUACCCCCGAAAGAAUGCCGAUGUUCCCGGGCGAAGCUGGCGUCUUCACACGCGAUGGUCAUUGCCGGCCCUCCAUGGAAGAGCACUUUCUCAGAUCACCCGUGUUAAGAUCACCGCGGGUGGCGGGUGGGCCGAUACAGUGGGAACAAGGUUCACCCUUUGGGCCACGGGGCAACCUUCAGGCCGUCAUGGAGAAUAGGGACCCUCGACUCCGUCGUCGCGAGCAACAGAUGGGUAGAUUUAUAGACAAUUCGCCUUUCAUGGAGAGAGGAGGUCAAGGCAGGCCCCCAGGAAUGGAACUACGUGGAGAUCUGAGGCAAGGGCCUCCCCCAAUGGGCAUGAGAGAAGAUGUAGAGAGAGAGGAGAUGAUGAGAAGACGUUUGUCAGGUGACGAAGGAGAUGGGCGUAUACCUUUGGAAGAACGAGAGAGACACAUGUGGGAGAUGGAGGAAGGUCGCCCUCCAUUGGAUAAUAGACCUGAAUUGCGUUUCAUUGAAGGGGAGAGGCAGGACGGACCUUACUCUUUUGAAAGACGCGACAUGCGGGGGCGGUUUCACCCUAUGGAAAGAGAUGCGGACAUGAGGGACGUUCAUCCCGAGGUGAGGGAUGGUCCUUUAUACAGGAUCCCCCCAAUUGAGAGGCGCUACCCCCCACCACUUCCCAUGGGUAGAACAGAACUUGUGGGCGAUAGAAGGGAACCCGUCCCCAUUGAUCAAAGAGGACAAACUAUUAAUCGAAUUGAAGCUCCCCACACUACGAGUGGAGCACCCUUAGAUGGCCCACACCCGAUAGAACAGAGAAACCAAUUCCAUCCACCAGAGGUAAAACUCGCCCCUGACGAAGUGCCCACCUCCGAGGAAGAAACCUCGGAGAUCAACGAUAAACCUCCGGUAGGUGACCUCGCCGACGGUGGGCAGCAACGCCCGCCAGUUCAAAUGCUUGAUGGUGCCCAUCCUGAAAUGGGUAAUAAAGACGAUCGCUUUCAUAAUGAACAGAAAUUUCCUCUAAAUGAAUGCCAAACAGAGAAUGAACAAGGAGCAAUGUUCCGUGUGGAUUUAAGACCUCCGGAGAUUAAACCCUCGGGCGAAGGUCCCACUUUCAGACCACGAGACGGCAGUAGGCCAAUCAGGGUGAUUGGUGGUCCGUAUGGACCACGCCAUGAUGGACCAGGACGGUACCCAGGCCCUCGAAACUUUCAUCCAAAUUUUCGACCGCGACAUUUUAGACCUCGCUAUGAACAUGAUAGGUCGCGUCCCCACUACCCACCCAUGCACGGGGGGCCCCACCUAAAGCGCUCUGGACCGCCUUUUCAAGCAGACUUUGCUAAGCGGCCACACUAUUAACAAACAAACAAUAUUCUAAUAACUCAAUGGUAAUACCAUGCAUGUCUAUUCGCUUUGCUUAAAUAGUAAAUAAUUAUAAACAUUGAAGUCGAGUGGAUUUCUCUACCAUAUUAUGUUGAUCCAAGAUGAUGAUCCUGAAGUUGCAGGUAUAAACCAUACUUACCAUAGCAUGGUACGCCCAUCAUAGCUCUAAC